CACACGACACGAAACGACCAUCAGCUCUCUAGUGGCUAGUGCGAAAGGAAGAUGGCGACUAAGCUCGCAGCGCUCAUCGUCUUGGCCGCGUUCCUCGCCGGGCCGGCGGCGUCCGAGGGCGCCAGCAUUUGCUUCAACGGCUGGCUGAGGCUACCCACCUACGACCCGGUGCUCUGUCGCCCCGCGCCGGACGUUCAGACGCGGCAGAGGAGACCUGCUCCCUCGGGGUCAGGGCUCACCUCCGGCUAUUACAACACCAGGUGCCCUAGCGCGGAGAAGAUCGUCACGGAUGCCGUGAAGAAGGCCGUGGAUGCGAACCCUGGCAUUGGUGCGGGGCUCAUCCGUCUCUUCUUCCACGACUGCUUCGUUCGGGGCUGCGAUGGUUCUGUCCUCCUCAACACGACCAACUCCAAGAACAGCGACACGGAGAGGGAAGGCCCUCCCAACCAGAACAGCCUCCGAGGGUUCGAGGUGAUUGACGAGGCCAAGGCGGCGAUCGAGGCCACCUGCCCCGACACAGUCUCAUGUGCCGACAUCGUUGCCUACGCCGCCCGCGACGCGUCCUACUUCCUCAGCGACCGCAAGAUCAACAUCCAAAUGCCGGGCGGCCGCUACGACGGCCGCGAGUCCUUCUCCAACGAGACCGACCAGUUGCCCGGGCCCUUCUCCAACCUUACGGCUCUCCAGGGGAGUUUCGCGGCCAAGGGACUCACUUCCGACGAUAUGGUCACGCUCUCCGGCGCGCACACCAUCGGUCGCGCCCGCUGCUCGUUCUUCUCCACCCGCUUCUCUGAGAUGGAACCGACAUUAGCCGCCAAGCUCAGGGCCCAGUGCAGCAACGACAACAACAACGUGAACCAAGACGAUGUGACCCCCGACGUCCUGGAUAAGCAGUACUACCAGAACGUGGUCGACAAGAAAGUGUUGUUCACCUCGGACGCCGUGCUCAACUCGACGGAAACAAUAACGCAGGUGACAGAAAACGCAAACAUGGCCGGGGCGUGGGAGAGGAAGUUCGAGAAAGCCAUGGAGACUAUGGGAAAAAUCGGGGUCAAGACCAUAGGCAACCAGCAAGGCGCAGAGAUCAGGAAGGUAUGCUGGAGAGUCAACAACUAAUGCAGGCCAGUAGUAAUGCUUGGUAGUUGGCCGGCUCCAUGUCUGGAUCCCCCCAUGGAGGAGAUCUAACUUUGCCUAGCUAGUGUCGUUGUUGGUUUUCUCAUACUAAAACUCUGUAUGUGUGUGUGUGUGUGUUUUGGUGUAUCAUACUAAAACUCUGUAUGUGUGUGUGUGUUUUGAUAUAUUAAUAAAGAUAUAAUAAUAUAUAA